GGAUUACAGAUGUGAAGCACUGUGCCUGGCCAAUUUCUCUACUGGACAGAAGGAUAUACAACCUGCAACAAGUUCUCUAUGUUCCAACGCAUUAGCAAAAGUUUGGUCAAAGAGGUUGGAAAAGAUGACCUGACGCCUGUCAAAUGCCUAACCCAUGCCACCAAAUUACGUCAGUUUGCUGUAUUACAAAAGAUGAACUAUUCUCGUUCAUUGUUUUGGGAAAAGUGUGACUAUAUUCCACUUGACUUCUCCCUCAGUGACAUCCUGGAGUCAAGUUCUUCAGUCCCAGAUAAUGAUGUGAAUGGACCAUUAUAUUUCGGUGAUACUAUGAUCCAGAAAUGUGAGGCUGGCAUAGGUGUGAACGUUGGUGGAGAAUUGAGUGUGUCAGGGGAGGCCUCUGCAGACCAGGGAGGCUCCCUCGGGUAUCAGAUUGUGACCAUCUCAGCUCCAAACCUGGAAGGCUUUCAAAAAAGGAAACUGUUGCAUCCAGAGCCAAAAUAUCUAGAGGAAUGUCGGAUGAGAAAGGGCAACCUGUACGUGGUGACAGAUGCUGUUGAACUGAUCAGUGAUACUCUGCUGUGGGACAACAGAAGUAGCAAUCUUUCUGGGAAGAUUUCUCUUUGGAUUACUUCUGUCAAGGGUCAAAGUCAAGGAAAGAUUUGCAAAAAGAAGGAGAAGAAGCUAACUCUGAAGAAGGGCAUGGUGAUGGCAUAUAAGAAAAAGCAGCUGAUUUUUGAGGAAAAAGCCAUUCUCAUCACAGAUGAUACUGGACAGCGCACCUUUCAAGAUAUGGUAUUUUGUGAAGCCUGCACUUAUUUAGAUUUCAAGGGUCUACAAGAGGAGGUUUCCCGGAACAUAGAGGCACUGGCCCAGCUCUCAAAGGAUGUUCAGGUUGUCGUGUUCUCUAGUAUCCUGGUCAUGCUCAGAGAAGGAGAGGAUCUUCAGGACCUGAUGUACACGCUGAAAUUGGACAGCUCAGGUCAUUUGGAUGGCUCUGGUAGUGCCAUCCUAAAGAUACUUCAACAGAAUUCAAGCCAUGCAUUGUCUAAAUCAAAGGAAGCCAUUCUGUAUCUCCUUGAAGCCAUAAUGGUGCUGAGUGACAUCCAACACGAUUUGCUGGCCUGUUCCAUGGAUAAGAGGAUCCUGCUUCAGCAACAGGAGCUGGUAAGGAGCAUCCUGGAGCCAAACUUCAGAGACUCCUGGAGUAUUCCCUUCACCCUCAAGCCGGAGCUCCUUGCCCCACUCCAGAGAGAGGAUUUGGCCAUCACCUAUGGCCUGCUGGAGGAGUGUGGCCUGAGGAUGGAGCUGGAUAGCCUCGGGUCAACCUGGGAUGGAGCUGUGAGGAUGCCCCUCUCUGCCCUCUAUGGGACUCUCUCAUUGCUGCAGCAGCUGGUUGAGGCUUAAGCCCUCCCUGAUGGGCAGUCAGUCCAGAGAUGCUGGCCCCUGCCCAGUCAAUGCUGUGAGUGUCUUUAGGGGUGCAAGAGACAGGGCUGUGCCUCUCUGCUCUUCCAGGUCGAGUAGAGACAGCCAUGGGUAGAGAAUUUAGGAAAUGUUUUGUGGGUGGUGGAAUACUCUAUAUAUUGACAAGGGUUUAUAUAUCUGUCAAAACUCCUCAAAUAGUAUGUUAAAGAUGUAAGCAUUUCAUUAUGUUUAAAUUUUACUUCGAAAUAAUAAAAACAAAUACU